AUGUCAAAUUUCUUCAAGGAUACGUCCAUAGGUUUCAAACCAAGAAAUAAUAUUUUCUCUAAAUUUAAACAAAAAGAAUUACCCUCAAUUCAAAAGAAUUUUACUACUUCUGCGAAUGAUGACAAUAAUUCUUCAUUAACAGAAAAUUAUUUACCUCUAUCAAUGAUAAAUGAAAACGAAGACGAAAAUGAAGGUGAAGAAAACGGUAAGGGAGAUUGCUCAGGCACUAAUCUGUCAAGAGAGAUUAAUUUUGAAAAUAUAGGCUCCGAUGAAAAUGCUGAUCACAUUGAGCAUGGGAAUAAGGUGGAGAUUCGAGUAGUAAAUAGAAAAGUUGUUGAUACUGAUAACACCAAUAGGAGAUUAGAAAUUACUCGUAACAAUACUAGUACACCAAAUAAAUUAAACUCAAAUGUACCUCUACCAACAAAAAUCACUCAACAAACCAGAACUCCAACAGAAGAAAGUGAAUUAGAAAUUACUGAAAUAAGAGAUAUUCCUGAAUCAUCAAAUAAAGAACAACUAAAUCAUGUUGAUGAUUCCAAAAAAGAAGACCAAAAUUUGAAACUAAAAAAUUCCUUUAAAAGGAAUAUUUUGAGUAUUGAUCAAUUCGAUUCCCACCAGAUCAAUGACAGCAGCAUUACGUUAAGAGAUACAAGUUCCAAUGAUGUACUAUUAGAGGCGUUUAAUGACACUCAAAAAAUCUGUUCAAAGCUUAAACAAGAAUUACAUACAAAAGAAAUUACCAUUAACAAAUUAGAAAGGAAAAUUUCAAACUACGAAAAUGAUAUUGGUAAAUUGGUUCAAAAAUUUAAUAAUCAUAAAACUUUAUUGAAUGAAUUAGAUGGUAAAACUCGAAUAUUCAAAGAACAGAAAAACUUGGAUCAAAGAAUUAUUAUUGAAUUAAAACAGAACAAUGAUAAUUUCAAAGAGAAAAUUUUAUAUUAUAAAAAUGAAUUUUCAAAAUUACGAAUUUCUUUAAGUGAAUGUAAUGAUUGGAAAAAGGAAAUGAAUAAUGAAAUUAAUAAAAAAAAUAAAGAAAUACUUUAUUUAAAAAAAGAACUGGAUGAUUUUUCUGGUCAACUAAGUGAAGAAAAGAUUAAAAAUUCAUCAUUGAUUAAAGAAUUAUCUCAAAAUAGAGAUGAAACGUUGAAAACUUUUGAUGAAAAUAAAAUUUAUUUGGAAGAAUCAUUUAGUGGUAAGAUUAUAGAAUUGGAAAAAAAUCUAGAAAAAGCUUUAGUUGAAAAAUUUACAAAACCAUUAAUAGAUAAUUUUAAUGAAAAUUCUAUUAAAUAUAAUGAAAAUUUUCAAAGAAACUUCAAAACGUAUCAUUACAAAAUAAACAUACCCUUUUAUUUUUUUUUAACAAAAUUCAUUUUACUAACUUAUAAAAUUAAAAUAAUUUAUAGAUCUAAUGAAGAAUUUGUCAAAAUAAUUGAAAUUGUGAAAGAUGAACAUCUUAAACAAUUAAAUGAAAAUAAUGAUACGGUAAUUAGUAAUUUUAAUGUCUUUAAAGUAGAAAAUGAUGUAAGCAUUAGUAAUAUAUUUUCAACGUUUAAAAAUUUUGAAGAAAGUUUAAAAUCAAAGUUUAAUGAAAUCGAAAAUAAUUAUACCUCAAUUCUUUCUGAAAAAACCAAAAUAUUAGCAGAAGAUCUAAAUUCUAUCGCUAAUGAUUUUAACAGUUACAAAGAAAAAAUGAAUCAGAAAGAAGAAUAUAGUGAAAUAAUAAAGAACUUAGAAAAAGAAAUUCAUGAAUUAGCGACCCAAAAAAUGAAUUGUUUAACAUCAUUGGGAACAAAAGAAGCUGAGUUUGAAGAAAUAACAAGCCAAUUAAAUGAGCUAAAAAAUAAGGAAACAAAUCUACUGACCUUAGAAAAACAGUUGAACGAACAAAUUGCUGAUUUGAACUUAAAUGUUGAGCAAAAAAAUUUUGAAAUUAAUAAGCUUACUAAUGAAAAUUUAUCAAUUUCUUCAAAUUUUGAUAACAAAAUAUCUGCACAAGAAUCUAUUAUGAAAGCGUUAAUAACUGAAAAUGAUUUGUUGAAACAAACUACUUCUAAAUUAGAAGAAGAAAGGUCUAAAGAAGAAAACGAAAAGGAAAAUACUAAAGCCAUGGUUCAAAAGUUAAAUGAACAAAUAAACAAGAUAAAUGUAGAUUUAAUACAGCUUAAAGCCAGUAGCCUCGAGCAAGAAGAAGAAAAUAAAAAUCUUCAUAAAAUAAUAAAAGAAAAAGACGAUAUCAUAAAAAUGCAAACAGAUAACAGUAAAAGUUUAGAAGUAAAAGUAAAAGAAAAUCAAUCUUUAGAGAUUGAAAACAUAAGGUUACAAGAACGAAAUAAGGAGCUAAAUGAUAUAAAGAACUCUAUAAUGGAUGAAGUCUCAAAUCUUAAAGAUAUUAUUCAGAAAAAAGAAGAAGAUCAGAAGAAACUACUAAAAGAAAUAUAUGAGACUAAAAGGGUAGAACCCAUUACAAAAGUAAAUUCGUUUCCAGAAUUUAGACUCAGGGAAGAAAAGAAUAAAAAUACUGUAGAAAAUUUUGUUGAAGAAAGAAACACUGAAUCACAAGUAAGCAUAUAUUUGAAAGAUACAAAUGAUAUUGUUACAAAAAAGACUACUAAAAAUGGGACAGAGCCAAAAAAGAAGAAUGCACAAAAAACAGAUAUUUGUCAAACAAAGAAUUCAAAGAGAAAUAUAAAUGAUAUUUUUGAUGAUUUCGAAUUAUCUUCUUCAGCAAGUGAUGAUCUAGAAUUUACAUUGCCGUCUCAACAAAAGCAGACAAACUUGAAAAAUACAGAGAAUAACUCUCAAGUUAAACCAAAUCUUUACCAAAAAAAUAUUGUUACUAACAAACGAUGA